AUGAUUUGUUGCCGUGUUGCAGAGUGGAUUUCAAUUUCGGUGUGGAUACUUGUACUCAUAAUAAGUAACUGGUUAGGGCUUUUCUUGAUUGCUCUCCGGACAGCCAACAACAACAACGGCCAUCCCUCUACCUCUCCGCUGCCUCGUCGGAAAUUUCUUUAUUCUUGUGCUCUUGCUCUUCUUGAUUCCGACACUGUAAUCAGGCCAAAAAACAUGCCACCGCGCGGUAAAUUACUGGAAGAAAGGCUGGCCGCUGCUGGGAGCGUUCUGCUUCAGCCUCCCUCCUCCGCCGACGAACUCUUGCCCCGUCUGGAUGAAAUCGAGGAGCUUUUAUCAAAAGUGGAGCAGUCACCUGCCAAAUCCAUGCGAGAUGCACUUUCUCCGGUGAUGGAUGCACUGGUUGCUGAAAAGUUGCUAAAGCAUUCUGACGGUGAUGUAAAAGUUAGUGUUGCCUCUUGCAUCAGCGAGAUAACUAGAAUUACUGCACCCGAAGCUCCAUAUGAUAAUGAUGUAAUGAAGGAUGUCUUGCAAUUGAUUGUGUCAUCCUUUGAGAAUUUUGCGGAUACAUCAAGCAGAUCUCAUAAGAAGAGAGUCACUGUACUCAAAAUUAUGGCCAAAGCCAGAUCCUGUGUUGUCCUGUUGGAUUUGGGAUGCGAUCGGAUGGUUGUUGAAAUGUUUCAAUACUUUCUUAAAGCCAUUAGGGAUUUUCAUACUGAAGUCAUAUUUGGAUAUAUGGAGACAAUUAUGAGUCUUGUUCUAGAAGAAAGUGAAGAUAUCUCCUCAGACCUUCUCGGUCCAAUUUUGGCUACUUUGAAAAGGACCAAUAAGGCUGUUUUACCAAUUGCAAAGAAAUUGGCUGUGACAGUUAUUCAGAAUACAGUGGGCAAGAUAAGACCUUAUUUGACACAAGCAAUGAAAUCCUUAGGUGCUUCUGUGUGUGACUUUGAUGAAGUUGUAGCCAUCCUUUGUCAAGAGGAUAAUGGUUCAGAGAAGCAUGAUAUUCUAUAUGACUUUUAUCAGCUGCUUGCAACCGUCCAACCCAAAUCAGAAGUGCAUAAGGAGGCUGUAAAUGUAGCAUCUCCAAUCCAAACUGACAGUUUUACCAACGAGAGCCAAACUAACGAGGCUAGCUUGGAUAAGAGGAAAGGGAAUUCGAUUAGCAGAGAGAGGGUCUCUCUUGAUACUGUUUCUCAUAAACUAUCUGAAGGAGAGUCUGUUUCUGUAGCAAAUAAGCAGAGCUGCUUGGGGAAAAAGCAAGCUGACGUGGGACAAACAUUGACUGAUAAGGGUACAUGCAGUAUUGAUGAUGAGUGUGCAAGUGAUUCAGUGGCAAAGUCACUCGAUGAGAUAGAAAGAUUAGGGGAUGCUAGUGAUAAGAUGGAGGAUUCAUCCUCAUUGAGGAAGGUAGAUGGAAGAAAAAGUGGGCGUGGGAGACCUUCACUUGAGUCUAUAGCAAGAAAAGAGAGCAGAAAAGACAUUGUGAUGAGUUCAAAAGAGGUUCCCAAGUCUUCUGCAAGAGAAGACAACAAAAGACAAACUAUGACAAGUUUAAAAGCAGCAAGGGAACCAGGGAUCUUGGAAGAAAGCAGAAAAGUGAAUCCCAAGAGGAAGCGAACUCCAGACACAAGAAAAGUAUCGGAGAUCAUGGAAGCUGAAGAGGAUUUGAUUGGUUCAAAAGUUCAAGUUUGGCGACCAAAACAUCAAAUGUUUCUUGAGGGUAUAAUCGUUGCUUCUUUUAGCUCCGGCAAGAAGAAAUACCAGGUGCUAUUCGCCAACGGUGAGGAAGAAUUACUAGAUCUUAAAAGUGAGCGCUGGGAACUUGUUAAAGACGACACAGUUUCUGAGGCACACCCUGUUAUGAAAUCCCCGACAUCCGAGGUUGUUGAAAAGAUACGUUCCAUAUUAGCUGGUGGUCCUGGCCAACCAGCCGAACGAUUUUUUGAUUUACAGCUUUUCUUACUGGAAUAUAUCGAAUCUCCUGCUGCUGCCAAAUGUUCCGAUAUUCAAGAAUUAGUACAGAAAAUGGUGCACUCUGCUGGUGAGAUAGGAGCAGAAUAUGAUGUUGUUAACCGUCGACUCGCCACCAGUAAAGACGAGCUGGAAAAAUUAAGUCAGGUGGAGUCUAGAAAGUCUGCGCUGGUUACCGAGCAUGCAGAUGCAGCUGCAAAGGAUGCAGAGAUUCAAGCAGCUCGACAGAAACUACUGAAUCGUCGAUCAGAACUUAGAAAACUGAUAGUCGAGGCAGAACAGGAGAUUUCCAUGAUUGAACCAAAAUUGGAGAAGUUGGAAUCAGAAGCUAGAGAAACAGCUGCUCAAAAAACAUCGAUGGAAGCAGCAAUUCAAGAAAUCGAGACUCAGGCGAAGGUUUCUUCUUUGCGCAUGAUCGUGUGGGAAGAUCACCUCGAGUCCAGUAAGAAGAAGUUAGCUGGAUUGGAGUCUUCGUGGGAGUGGUUGAAAUGCUCGUGGGAACAUAUCGAGUGUGAACAGGCCAAGUGAUGAAGAAGGUGCGAUCUUGUGUCCCAACCACUUUUAGAUAACUUCUUCUCCGGCGAUGUACUUAAAAUUCAUACUCUGUGUCCUGAUUAUGGAUAGGUAUGGAAACAAUUUUCUGAAAUGAACAGAUCUGUAGACAACAUGUAGCUGUAGUAGUAACUGGAUUUGGCUUUUUUGUGUGUCAUUGCCCUAUCUAAUGCUGUGAAAAAACUUGUUUAUUCUUGAA